GGCGAAGGAGUAGGUAUGGGGGCAUGCACUGAUAUGGAAGGGUUGGUGAAGAGGUGUUAGAAUUUCCUUGCUUUGCUCUUGGGGAAGAACAGGCUUUUGAUUUUUGAUUAUCCAGUCCCCUUGAAGGGAGGCUCCUUGCUGUAGUAGUGAAGACUUUUCAGUGGGAGGGUAUCUGGGUGGGACUGCUGGGGUGACAAGGAGGAUGGGGGCAGGGAGAGGAGAAAGGGAGGCCUGUUUUGCUGCCUCGUCGGUCUUUCUAUUUCCUUUUGAGAUUUCAUCUGAUCCUGCUUGAUGUUCUCGACAGUGUAUGACUCUUGCUUCAGUUGGGAGGUGUGCCACCUGAAGGAGUUGGUAAAUAAGGGUGGCCGUUAGUAAUGGGGGUUCUUUUGGCGGUAAGGAAUCCUUUCUCUUGCCAGAUGGCUGCAUGGGAAUGAAGAAUGUGAUAGGCAUACUUAGAGUCUGUGUAUAUGUUGACCCAUUUGUUUUUGGAGAGGGUUAGGGCUCUGGUGAGCGCUAUGGGUUGUGCCUUCUGGGAGGAGGUUCCUGAGGGUUGGGUUUUAGCCUCAAUUACAUGGUUUAAGGUAACUACUGCAUACCCAGCAAUUUUGGGAGAGACGGGGGCUCCAGAAGAUGAGCCAGCUAUGAAUAGUUGGUCAUCUGGGUUAGUGAGAGGCUCGGAGGAGAUGUUAGGGAAGUGUGGCUGCAGGUGAUCCAGAAUGUCAGUGCAAGAAUGAGUAGGAGGGGAAAAGGAUAUGGGGAGUAGGGAUGCUGGGUUGAGGGGUGCGUUUUGGUGAGGCUGAAUUCAGGAUUUUCAAUAAAGAGGGCAUAGAGUGACUGAAUUCGGGAAGGAGAGAGGGAGCUUAACGCCCGGGAGGAGAGGAGAUCCUGUAAGUUGUGAGAGCUGUGGACAGUGGUGCUUUGGCUGAAUGUUAGUUUUUUACUUUCCAGAGCUAAAAUGGCCGCUGCUGCUAAUGCUCUAAGACAGGUUGGCCACCCUCUGACAGUGUUGUUUGUUUUGAGAGGUAUGCCACAGGGGUAAAGGAAAGAGGAUUUCCCUUUUGUUGCCCUAAGACCCCGAGAGCUAUUCCUUGGUUUUCGGUGGCAUAGAGAACGCAGGGUUGGGAGAUGUCGGGUAAGGACAGGGCAGGUGCAGUGAUGAGAGCGGUUUGGAGUCCACGGAAACUGGGAAGUAUAUUGUGUGGGGGGCUUAGGGGUUCAUUGAGAGGGCCUUUGGCUGCUUCAUAGAGGGGCUGAGCCAGGAGGGCAAAGUUGGGAAUCCAUGUCCUAAAGAAACCUGCCAGUCCUAGAAAGAGAGAAGUUCAUUUUUUGAGGAAGGCGGGGGCAAGCUGUUUAUUAAGGUUGCUUGUGCUGGGGUCAUGGCUCGGGCCCCGGGGGAGAGUUGGACUCCUAAGUAUGUUACUGUUGGGUAAGAUAGUUGGGCAAACAACAAAUCUCUAUUAGCAUUUAUAAUUUACCUGCUACCAUGAAUAGUGCUGAGGGCACAGAGAUGUAUCAGACACCCCUGGAGGAGCUCAUAGUGAUUGGCUGCAUCAGUGAAGGUUCCAAUAGGAAAAGGCAUUUCCCUCAGCUGAGAGUUUAAUGAUGGGACUAUUAGCACAAGGAUGGGCAAAGGUAAGACAGUUCUGUAAGAACUGUGGAAGUACAGAUCAGCUGUAAAGGAAUGAGCCAUCUGAGAUGGGCUCUGUGCAGAUUACCAGGGUAGGUGGAACAAGUACAAGUCCCGCCAACUUGCCUUGUCUUCAAGUUUAACAUCUGAGAGCUAUAUUGGUUAGCUGUUUGUUUAGCAACAGCAGCUGGAGAACCCCUCUCUUGUGUCAAAAUGAAACCACACUUCAGCAGACUUGUUCACCAUAAUCUCAAGGACUCUGUGCCCUGUGUCCCUAUUUCCUGCUCAUCGCUGCUCAACCUGCAGGCGUCACCUAGGAGUGUCAUCCAACCCCUCCCGCUGCAGCUGGCGCCAUGAUUAUCUAUCAUUAUCUAAAUGCAGUCAUCUGAAAACCAGCAGUAAUCCUGCCUCUGAAGUUUAUCAGGAAAGGAGCUUAAAAGAGAACCAAAUUCAGCCUGUAUUGGAACUCUCAGUCCCAGAGGGGUGUGGUUUAUAGCUCUCCGGCCUGCUGUUGGACUUCGGCUGUGACCCACAGAAGGACGCCAGAAAGUACUCAAGACGUUCACGGUGCCCCGGUCAGCACUCGCCAUGACGAAGACUUCUACAUGCAUAUACCACUUCCUUGUUCUGAGCUGGUAUACUUUCCUCAAUUAUUACAUCUCACAGGAAGGAAAAGACGAGGUGAAACCCAAAAUCUUGGCCAAUGGUGCAAGGUGGAAAUACAUGACGCUGCUUAAUCUGCUCUUGCAGACCAUUUUCUACGGGGUCACCUGCCUGGAUGAUGUGCUGAAAAGAACCAAAGGGGGAAAAGACGUUAAGUUCCUAACUGCCUUCAGAGACCUGCUUUUCACCACACUGGCUUUUCCUGUAUCCACGUUUGUAUUUUUGGCAUUCUGGAUCCUCUUUCUCUACAAUCGAGAUCUCAUUUACCCCAAGGUCCUAGAUACUGUCAUCCCAGUGUGGCUGAAUCAUGCAAUGCACACUUUCAUAUUCCCCAUCACAUUGGCUGAAGUCGUCCUCAGGCCUCACUCCUAUCCAUCAAAGAAGACAGGACUCACCUUGCUGGCUGCUGCCAGCAUUGCUUACAUCAGCCGCAUCCUAUGGCUCUACUUUGAGACGGGUACCUGGGUGUAUCCUGUGUUUGCCAAACUCAGCCCCUUGGGUCCAGCAGCUUUCUUCUCUCUCAGCUACGUCUUCAUCGCCAGCAUCUACCUACUUGGAGAGAAGCUCAACCACUGGAAAUGGGGUGACAAGAGGCAGCCACGGAAGAAGAGGAAGUAAUUGCACACCAUUUUCCAAGAACCAAGAAAGAAGAAAACACAAGAGAUUUUUCUCAUCUUUUUUUUUUUUUUCUGGUGGAGGGAGGUGGUGGAGGAACAUAGCAAAGUAGGAGGGACAGAGAUUGAUACUUAAAUUUAAUAAGAGGUUCGUGAAGGUAGCUUAACUUAAGAACUCUUGGUUUUUUGAAAGGUUGACUGCACAUGCCAAAAACAACUCCUGCUAUCUCAGAAUUAAUUAUCUUUGACCUCCGUGGAGGAUGGUCUCUGGUUAAAAUCUGGCCAAAGAAACUCACAUAAACUUGGUGUUAGAGAACGUCGAGAGAGAGAGAGAGGAACUUAGAGUCAUUUAAACUCUUCAGUUUACAGAGAAGGAUGCUGAGGACCUAGAUGAGAAGUUACCUGCAAAAGGCAAAAGGGUUACUUAGUGUCAGAACCAAGGCAAUGACUUCUCUCUCCCAGAUCUCCUAGCUACCGGUCCUGGGCCAUUUUUUUU